AUGGCUGAAGUUCCCACCUUCAAGCUCGUCCUCGUUGGCGACGGCGGUACCGGAAAGGCACCCACUCAAACUAACUGGAUAUGCUCAAAACAGACCACUUUCGUCAAGCGUCACUUGACUGGAGAGUUCGAGAAGAAGUACAUCGCCACUCUCGGUGUCGAAGUUCACCCUCUUGGUUUCACCACCAACCUCGGCCAGAUCCAGUUCGAUGUUUGGGACACCGCAGGUCAGGAGAAGUUCGGUGGUCUCCGUGACGGUUACUACAUCAACGGCCAGUGCGGUAUCAUCAUGUUCGAUGUCACCUCGCGUAUUACCUACAAGAACGUCCCCAACUGGCACCGUGAUCUCGUCCGUGUCUGCGAGAACAUCCCCAUCGUUCUCACCGGUAACAAGGUCGAUGUCAAGGAGCGCAAGGUCAAAGCCAAGACCAUCACCUUCCACCGCAAGAAGAACCUCCAGUACUACGACAUCUCCGCCAAGUCCAACUACAACUUCGAGAAGCCCUUCCUGUGGCUCGCAAGAAAGCUUGUCGGCAACCAGACCCUUGACUUCGUUGCUGCCCCCGCCCUUGCUCCCCCAGAGGUCCAGGUCGACGAGGCUGUUCUCAAGCAGUACCAGGACGAGAUGGCACAGGCCUCCGAGAUGCCCCUCCCCGACGAGGACGACGACCUCUAA